CCCUCUCCUUCUCCUCCUCGUCACCAACUCCGUCUCCUCCUCGGCCUCGCCCGGUUACUGCUUUAAUGGAGGAGAGAAGCAAGAGUGUACAUGCAAAUGCUGAAGCAGGAAAUCGACGCAACCAACAAGGGAACGUAUGAUUUCCUAUACCUGCCGAGCAACUUCCACAGUAAACGCAACUUUGGAUAUGCUUUUAUUAACUUUUCCGACGUUGGCUUCGUCAUUACUUUCGCAGAAAAAUUCGGCUGGAACCAAUCCAACUCUGACAGGCGAUGUUACUUGUCGUACGCCGACACGCAAGGCAAGGUCGCUUUAAUUGACAAGUACCGUAACCUGAGGGUCGUGCAGGAAGAUGAGUCCUGCAGACCAAAACUAUUUUACACGAGUGGCCAUCGAAUUGGCAAAGAAGAGCCAUUCCCCUACCCACAACAAACUUAGCUUAUAUGUAUUAUUGCAAAUAAAAUUGAU